AUGAAAGUGUCAUUGCCGCUAAUUCUUGCCCUCUUUCAGAACGCUGCCAUCACAGACGCAGCAGUCAUGAAUCCUCCUUCACCACCUCUAUCAAUCGCCAAGAGGGCAGCCAACGUCUCAUACAGCGCCGACCCACGAAUGCCAGCCGGCGCCUGGAAUUCACAUCUUCACAUCAUGGAUCCCGUGCGUUACCCUCCUGUCGAAAACAUCCCUUACAAGCCUGCUGUUCACAACCUCUGGGAUAAUGCGAUCUUUGAGAACAGCAUCGGGUGCGACCAUGUCUUCUUCGUUCAGACUGCAACGCACGAAUAUGAUUUGACCCUCUUGUUGGACUCUAUGCGUGCGGUUGGGAAUGAACGAGCGCUGGGUCUUGCGCUGUUUGACCCAAGUACCACUUCGCAUGAGCAUAUUCGUAGAUGGGACAGCGAGGGUGUUCGCGCUGUACGUGUCAAUCUCGUGACGUAUGGUGAUGAUACGCCUAUCAAUGAACUCAAAAGACAGAUCAAAAAGUAUGUCAAUCUCAUCAACCCUUUCGAUUGGGUUCUCCAGUUAUACACCAAGAUGGAGCGCAUCGCCGAACUGGAAGAUUUCCUGCCCACUCUUGGCGUGCGCGUUGUUUUUGAUCACUAUGGCGACCCAAGUCUUCCGAAGUCAUCGAGCCCUUUGAAGCCCUACGACAUCAAGGGUUUCCAAUCAUUGGUCCGUCUUUUGAAGACUGGGACGACAUGGGUCAAGAUAUCUGGUGCAUACCGUCUCAGCCAUAUUGAUUCUGAUAUCUGGGAGGAUCUCGAUCCUGUCGCGCUAGAGCUCUUCGAGCAAUCUCCAAAGCGAGUUGUGUUUGGCUCGGACUGGCCUCACACACGAUUUGAGGGUUUAGACGUUAGGCCUUGGGUGUCUCACUUGCUGGAACUGACCGAGGGAAAGCAACGGCUCCGAGAGACUCUUUUCAGGGACAGUGCCUUGGAGCUCUGGGGCGUGCAUAAGACGCAAAGUACCUAUAAUGGAGACAGUGUCAAGUCCGAGGACCUUUCCGACGGCAACAGCAGAACCAACGGAUCACACAGUACUGGUGAUGUCUGA